AUGUCAAACAGUCAGCCUCAGGUUGCUCUGCCCGGAGGUUCCGGCCGGGCCACCUCAAGAUGGUCCUGGUGGUAUCUGGGUCUUGGAGUUGCGACUCUUGCUGCGUUUGUCCCGGUUUUCAGCUAUGAUUCAGAAACGCUAUGCCCUCAAGCACCUAUUCAAAAUGUCCAAUUGCAAGAUCCAAUGACAACAGCCAUGCUCAAGAACUUGAGCUCUGACCUUUUUCGAGAGAAGAGUAUCAAACGGAUGGCAGGUGCCAUUCAAAUACCGACAAUAGCAUAUGACGAUAUGGGCCCAAUUGACCAGGACGCCCGUUGGAAAGUCUUUGACAAAUUCGCAGAUUAUUUACAAACUACAUUUCCGAAGAUUUAUGAGAAACUUACACUGGAGAAAGUUAACAGUCAUGGACUUCUUUACACGUGGACUGGCAGCGACACAACUCUAAAGCCAACCGUUUUGAUGGCCCACCAAGACGUUGUACCUGUUCCCGAAAGCACUGUCUCGCAGUGGAACUACGCACCUUUCGGUGGUGAGUUCGACGGUUCAUCCAUUUGGGGCAGAGGGGCCUUGGAUUGCAAAAACACCCUGAUUGCGUCUCUAGAAGCAAUAGAGGCUCUGAUAAAUGCAGGAUUUGAGCCGCGACGAACGAUAAUCCUCUCGUUUGGAUUUGACGAAGAGAUCUCUGGCCACCACGGAGCUGCCUUCCUUGCGUCCUUUCUCCUCCAACAUUAUGGAGAAAAUAGCGUGUCGCUCAUCAUCGAUGAAGGGGCGCCCAUUCUUCCUAUCUGGGGUACUCACUUUGCUAUUCCCGGGGUAUCCGAAAAGGGCUACGUUGAUGUUGAGAUUGUUGUCCGCACCAAGGGCGGUCAUAGUUCGAUGCCGCCCGUGCACAGCAGCGCCGGUAUAGCCGCUGAGUUAGUGAGCACCAUUGAGAAUAAUCCAUAUCCACCCCAGCUUUACCAGGACAAUCCACUGCUGGAUUUUUUGUGGUGUGGCGCAGAGCAUGCCCCAGGCUUCAUGAUGGGACUCAAAUACCUCUUGCCUAGAAGAGGCCAGACUGGUAUACUGGAGACUAUAAAGCAGCUCUCGUUCCCACGGCUUGUUUCUCGUGUCAACAAAAUGGCUGGAUAUCUGAUCUCGACAACGCAGGCAGUUGAUGUCAUACAUGGCGGUGUAAAGGUCAAUGCACUUCCUGAACGGACAACUGUCUUGAUCAAUCACCGAGUCAAUGUUGGGGAAUCAUCAGAGCUGGUUCGACAGAAAAUCACCAAGCUCGCUGGUGUGGUCGCAAAACGACAUAACCUUACCCUACACGCAUUUGAUGAUACGGAAGAGAAGGAGUCGUCGAUACUCAUUCGUUUCAUGGGUAGUGUACUUGAACCCGCACCCGUGACACCUACUCAGGCGGGCGAUGAAGAGAAAGAUACCCCAUGGUCCGUGAUAUCCGGGACGACCAGAUCUCUCUACGGAAAGCAAGUAGUGAUGGCGCCUGGGAUCAUGCCAGCGAAUACGGACACCAAAUAUUAUUGGAAGCUGAGUCGACACAUAUUCCGGUAUUCUCCGGGGUGGGAUCCUGAGGUACUUUCAAUUGAGGGCAUACACACGGUCAAUGAAAGAGUCAGCGUUGUAGCGCAUAUCAAGACUGUGCAGUGGUAUGUUUACUUUUUGAAGAAUGUGGACAAUGCAAGGUUUUAG